CCAAAGUAGCCGGCCCCUCGCCCAGAGAGCCGAAUCCUCGUCCACCUCCGGCCAACACCGCCGCCGCCGGAAAAAUGGUGAAGCCGGGGGUGGUUUACCUCCUCCUAGCCAUCGCCUUCGUCAUCCUCCUCUCCUUCUCCCCUACGCCUCAUGCCAGCCAAAAACGCCGCCAUGGCCGCCGUCUGGCCCACCACCAUGCCUCCUUCGAUCCAUUGGUGGAUAAGCUCGAGCGGCGGGCCGAAGAGCAGGGCUUGCUCGACCCCGAUACCUUUCAGGAGAAGUUGAACGCCAUUUUCGAUGACCGGGACUGGAGCAAAGUGCCAGAGUUUGGGGUGUUUGAGGAGUACUUCGGCGAGGAGGGCCGGCUCAAUGUAACAGAGCGGUUGACGUAUCUCUUCCCAUUGUUAGAUAGGUAUCCAGAGGAUGGGACAAUUAGCUUCCAAGAGCUCGAGGUUUGGAACCGGAGGCAGGCGCUGGACCGACUGAUCUACAGCACCGAGAGGCAGAUCAAAUUGCAUGACAAAGAUGGCGAUGGAGCAGUUACCCUUGAAGAGUUUUUGUCUCAUCUUUCCAAAGAAGAGAUAGAUUGGGACAACAAGGAACGUGGUAAAGGAGGGUGGUGGAAGGAGCAGUUUCUGAAUGCAGAUAAAGAUGGCAGUGGAUCGCUUGAUAGCACCGAAUUUAGGGACUUCUUACACCCUGAAGAUAGUAGAAAUCCAGCAAUCCAAUUGUGGCUGCAGAAGGAAAAACUAAGAGAAAUGGAUCAGAAUGAAGAUGGGAAAUUGAGUUUCGUGGAGUUUCGUGAUCGACUUGAUGGCAUCUAUCUGAGUUUUGCUUCAUCUGAAACUGAUGGGGCAGAUGACUCCAAGCAUCAUCAAGAUUAUGCCAAAAGAAAAUUUGGAGAGCUUGAUGUCAACAAAGACAAAGUUUUGACAGCAGAAGAACUGAAGCCCAUAAUUCAUCACCUUCAACCAGGGGAGUUUUCUUAUGCCAUGCAUUUCACAAAGUACUUGAUGCAUGAGGCUGAUGAUGACAGAGAUGGCAAAUUGACACUGAAGGAGAUGCUAAACCACCAUCAGGCAUUCUAUAGUGCUGUUUUCGAGGAAGGGCCCUUUGAUGACUAUGAUGAUGUUGAUGAUGAUUAUGAUGAUGUCCAUGAUGAGUUCCGGUGACAAUCACCAUUUGAGAUCCCUUUUUUUUUCAAGAGGGAUUUUUGGUGGGACUGUACUACCUUAACAAUUUUUGCAAAGAAAAUGACGGUUAUACCUUUCUCAGAA